ACUUAACCGUUACGGUUUAGUAUGGGUAACGACUCACUGGUCCUAUAGAGUCACACACUCUGCCACGAAUGAGAAGGUUGAAGGGUGAGCAAAAUGGGUCCCACAGUUUUCAGUUGGGUGAUGACGUGGAUGACCUCUGGAGUGGCCACGUGGACAGGGGACAAAAGUCAGAUAUCGCCUUAUCUUUCAGCUUCCCUCCCCUACCUUUACUCUCUCUCCAUGCGAAAAGAUGAAAAGACGCCAUCUUUGCGAGGCUUGUGUUUCUCGGCUGAUCUACACAGAGAGAGGAGAGAGGGAGAUGUGAGAGAAAUUGAAGAUCACAGAGAGAGAGAGGAAGAAAUGGCGGCAAGUUCGAGGCUUUCAUCGUUUGGGAUAUGGAGGAGAGAGAAGAAAACAGGGGAAUGGGGAUGCCGACGAUGGCCGGUGACGGAGGUCAGGCCACGGCCGUCGGCGAAAUGCCACGUGGCGUCAGCGAAGCCAGCCACGUAUUCCUCGAGAAUCUCCACUGACCUCCCUCUGUACGAGUCUCCCCAGGCAUUGUUCGAUGAUUAUUUGGAGGAUAAAUCUCGGGUGUUCGCAGCCAUGUUUCCUGAUAAACGGCGAAGCCGAAGGCUUAGUCACGAAGAAUGGAGAAUUCAGAUGUUACCAAUAAACUUCCUCUUCGUAACGGUUUGGCCAGUGGUGGAUAUGCGCUUAAGAUGCAGAUCCAACGGCCACGAUUACCCCAUCGACGUCCCUCCAGACAUCACCAAAGUUCUCGAGCUCGACAUGACGAGAUGGGAGCUGCAAGGACUUGACAAAGUAAUGGAACCUACCGAUUUCUCACUGGGAGUGAGAGGAGCAUUGUAUCCAGAUCGACGACGGGGAAGGAAUGCUCGUCUCAAAGGUCGGUUAGAGAUGAACAUUAGCUUCGUUCUUCCUCCUGUUCUCGAGCUAGUACCUGAAGAUGUCAGGAAGAACGUCGCCACCGCGGUUUUGACGAGUUUGGUGGAGAACAUGAAGGACAAGGUUAACGGGAGCUUGCUCGCCGAUUACAGCAGGUUCAAGAACGAGAGAACAUUACACAAGUAAACUCGAGAUUUGUGAAAAAACGGUAUCAAGAAAAAACAUGCAUAGUGAGUUUUUUUUUCUUUGGAUUGGAAGUAUUUUCUGAAUUUGGAACUUAUAAUAGAGAGGGGCAAAAGUCUAUAAACAA